AGACUUGAUAUGGAAAAAUACAGUAGCAUUACAGAACACUUGAUAGCAGAACGGGCUGGCAUUUUAUCAAACACUUGAUAGGCAAUGAACUAGCAUGGCCCAAGUACACAUACAUAUAUCAAGCACCCAAAUCCCUGCCCAAAUAAAAUAAAAAUUACAGCAGUCUUUUUGUUGUUUUUAUUAGAUAGUAAUGGUGAGACUUGUAUUAAUCACAGAGACAAUAACAGGCGGCUAUGCAUUGCUGAAGAUUCCGGCCGAUGAAGAAUUGGCCUAUUUAUCACGUUUUUUCUUCUUCUUCUUCCUGGAAUAGUGCAACAUAUAGAAGAUGACAAGAAGUUUGAUAUUUCUCAUGCUUAAUAACUGGAUACAGAUUUCAUCUUCCACAGAUAUUUUAAUAAAGAUUAGCUGUGUGAAUCGUCUCUUAGUGUUCUUGACAACAUAGCCCAUUAAUCUGACGGAGCUAAUUAAACAUCAUAGCCACUAUAUAUGAAGGUGAAGCUGGUAAUGAAUCAACCAAAUACCAACAACAAUGCAUCUUCUUCCUAUUCUUCUGCUUCUUGCAGCUGCCUUUCUCAACCACGCUUAUGCAGCAAGGCUUGCUCCGGAGCUUGACGCCGCACAAGUGCCCGCGACUAACUUUGCUUUCAAGGCUUUUAACAGUCAAAGUUGCAGCCCCUCCAGUAACCUACUCUGCACCGGCUCUGUUACAGCCGCUGAUGGUUUCUUAAGCCUUACGCAGGACCCUUCACUAUUCCCUGGUUUUCAAGGCCCAAAUAGAGACCAGGUUGGAAGGGUUCUAUACCGUGAACCGGUGGCUGCUUGGCCAGCAUUUGUCUCUACCACCUUCACAGUCAGAAUUGUCGGAGCCUCCAAUUCACCUACCGGAGAUGGAAUGACAUUUAUUUUCGCUCCAGAUAAUAGUUCUUCACCAGCUGAGAGCACUGGCUUCAAUCUUGGAAUUGUCGGACAAGCAAAUACAGAUGCAGCUAGCAGUGAUAUUCGUCAAUUAGCAGUGGAGCUGGAUACUUACAAGAACGAUUUUGACAUUGAUGCGAAUCACAUUGCUGUCGACACAAGAAGUGUAGAUAAUCCACUAAUAGCUGCGAGUCUCAACAGCAGUGGAAUUGACCUUAAAAGUGGGAAGGACAUCACAUUUAAAAUCGAUUAUAACAGCUGGACGAAAGGGCUGGAAGUACAUGCAGCAUAUGAUUCAAACCCACUUGUGAAGAUUCUUUCCCUGCAAAUUGACAUCGCAGCUACGAUUCCAAACUCCGUCUAUGUUGGCUUCACAGCUGCCACUGGGUAUUUCACAGAGAGCCAUCAACUUCUCAGCUGGGAGUUUAAAUCUACAACAAAGUGGAACCAUUAAAGAAUGAUCAAGUCAGCAACCAACCAAUCCAAUCAUAGAAAUAAAAUGGCAUUGCAUUUCAGUUUUCGUCGUGUUUCUUUUCUUUUUUCUUUUUUGAGUUGAAACAGAAUAAUGUAUAAAUAAGUGAUGUCAACUGAGGUAAGACCCCAGUUGCCAUGGUAGGACUCCAACCCCAUGACCAAGAUGUCUUGUGGUCGACUUGUUUUAGCACUUUCAUCAUUUCAUGUGCACGUUGUUACAAAGUCUUGGAUAAAUUUUGAUAGUUUAAGACGUAAAAUCUAUCUACAAUGUUAAUGUACGAUUGUGUAUACUUAUGUUUCCUCCCCCCAUCCAAUGCCACUAUGAAAAACUAUAUAGAUACAAGGGACAUGAAAUAUUUGUCCAGUAAAACUAUUGACAUCAGUCCUUCUCCUUCACACCAGAGCAUAGGAAAUGCAAAGCUCUGCAGUAAGACAGAAUUUCAUUAAGCAGCAGAACAGAAACUAACCUACCACAAGACCUAAAAAACGUCAUGGUAGAGGCAUAGAGGAGAUAAAGGCAAAGC